CGGCAAGGGUAAGAGAAAGAGCAUGGAGGUCGAAGAGGGAGUUGAAGCAAGUAUAAAUUUCACGCAAAUUGAACAAUAUCAGCAACCUCGAGCGGAACAAGAACCCGUUGUCGGGGCCGAAGAAAUUCGAAAUAGGAGAAAAAAUUUGUAA